CACAACCCACGUUUUGUGAGCUUUCUAUUAAUAGUAUGUUUCAAAGAAAGGUUCUUUCCCAAUUUAGUAUGCAUCUUACCAAUUUGGGCUAAGAGAUAAAGUUGGCGAAAAGUUUUCUGCAAGCUGAAACGACCCCCCUAAGCCCAACAUAGAGCGGAUUAGAAGAGCAAUGGACGGGAACGGGAUGGCUCGACGGUCCGUCAUGACCACGGAACAUAACUUAGAACGCUUCAGUACUCUGCAUUUCUGGCGUCUAAGCUUAGCAAAAAAAAACCCCUACCACCCGAUGAUAACUGAAUUCGCCGGAUUUCCCGCUCUCUUCACCAAUACUGCACGCUUCCCUUAUCGUUCCCCUGAUUUCCUUUCUGCUUUUGCCCUUUUCAUUUCAGGUCUCGCUUCCGAGGUGGCCCGCCUCCGUAUAGGGCGAUUCUCUUCUUGUUUUUUGCGGGUGUGCCAUCUCCUUAUUUCCAUAGGUCAUGAGUUUGCUGCAUCCUGACAUGGAAGCCGGCCCUGAGGAAAGCUUGGAGGUCGAUGUUGGCCCCUCCGACCCCUUCAACAUCGCCAACACCAAGAAUGCGCCUCAUGAGACGCUCAAGCGCUGGAGGGUAAUUUCUUUCCCCUUCAUGUGCAUGUGCAUCUUGAUUUUCUCCUUUCCCCUGCAAUGCCAUUAUGCUUCUGCAUUUUCAUUUUAUUUUAGAUUGGUCUCUUAUUAUGGAAAUAAAUUUUUGUAUGCUGC